UUAAAUAUGUCAAAUAUACUUAACAUAUAUACAAAUAUAUCUACCUUCAACUCCAAUGAAAUUCAAUAUUUAUUUGUUGAUAUAUCAUUACAAUCAUAAAACCAAAUAGCAAACUCGGAAAUAAGAGUAUAGAGUAAUCGUUAUGGAGGUCAUUAUUUUCCACUUUAGGUGAAAUAGUUAAAAUCAUUCUACUGGCUUUCGAAUAAACCCUUCAUUGUGACGACAAAAAUGGUAUAAUCUCGAUUUUAUCAGUACAUUUUAGAUGUCUAUUUUUCGGCUUCAUGUUUUUUAUUAUAUAAUAAUAAUCACUUAUACCUGGCCAAGAUAAGCUGAGUGUCUAGUCCUAAAUAAGUAUUGGACAAUCCUAUAAUUCUAAAAUAAUCAUGACUAGCGAACUUCGUAGACGUACAAAGUGUUAUUGAAACACUCCAUUACAUGACAUUUUUCAUUAAUUUUAUGGUUUCGUUCGAUUGUAGGAAAUUUCAAGAAAACAAUUCAGUCAAAGAACAUAAUGUUAAUUCACUAAUGCAUAAUAGAAGGCAUAAAAUUUCAAAGAAGGGAUUCUCUAUACACACCUCUUUAUUAUGUCUCAUAAUCAGUGGAUCUAUAUUGACUUUAUUUGGAGUUUUAUAUAUAGACAACAUUCCAUGGCACAUAGGAUCCGUUGCUAUUGAUAAAUUAGCUGUAAAUUUCGGAUACCAUCAACCAGUAUAUGCAAUUGUUAUAGAUGCCGGAAGUACUGGAUCUCGAAUACUUGCAUUCACAUUCCAUGAAUCUUAUAUAGGUUCUCAUUUAAUAUUGGAUAAAGAAUUAUUCAAAUAUAAUAAAGAAGGACUAUCAUCAUUUGCUGAAAACCCUGAAGAUGGAGCGAAAUCUAUCCAGAGUUUAAUUGAAGAGGCUAAAGAUGAAAUACCACAGGAACAUUGGACAAACACUUCAUUACUUUUGAGAGCAACAGCUGGACUUCGACUACUACCAAAAGACAAGGCCGAAAACCUUUUGGAGAGUGUUAGAAAUUUAUUUAAAAAUGUUCCAUUUCUUACCAAAACGAAUUCAGUAGAAAUAAUGGAUGGUGUAAAUGAAGGAAUAUAUUCUUGGUUCACAGUGAACUUUUUAUUAGGAAGAAUUAAUGGAAAUCCAGGAAAUACUGUUGCUGCCCUUGAUUUGGGAGGAGGUUCAACUCAAGUUACUUUUGCUGCCUUAGCUCCAUCUAGUUUGAAACAUAAAGACCGAAUACAUUCCGCUCCCUCGCUAACUGGUGGUAUACCAGUAUAUACUCAUAGCUUUCUUGGAUUAGGAUUGAAAGCUGCAAGAAAGGCAAUAUUAACUGUUGGUCAAGAAAACUCUAAAAACAUUACUAGUGAAUGUGUGAACCACAUUAUAGAGGGUCAGAAAUUCAAAUAUGGUAAUGAAGUGUAUUAUGUAAGUGGUCCAAAAAAAGAUUACUUAACAAUUGAAGAUGAAUCUGUUGGUUAUUUGACUGGUUCUGAAAUACCCAUAGUUAACAUGGAUAAAUGUUUAUCUAUCAUAAGAUCCUUUGUUCGAAGAAACUCGAAGCCUCCAGAAGAAUUACCUAAUAAAGUUAUAUUUGCAUUCAGUUAUUAUUUUGAUAGAGCUGCUGAAGCCGGCUUGAUUGAUCCUCUCAAUGGUGGAAAGAUUGAACUUCAAGACUUCAAAAAUGCAGCUACAGAAGCUUGUAAAACUCCAAAUGCAGACCAGCCAUUUAUGUGCCUUGACUUAUCAUUUAUCUGGAUACUUUUAGAAGAUGGUUUGGGACUUAGGCUAGAAACGCCAAUCAAUCUUUUCAAGAAAAUCGAUGGCCAUGAGAUAAGUUGGGCACUAGGAGCCGCUUAUGAUUUAUUGAGAGGAAGAUAGCUGUGAAAGAAAUUAUCCAACUAUUGCACAAUUUAUCAACCAAUGUGCCUCUUUGACCUGGUAAUGCACAAUACAGGGUGUACAUAGUAGAAGUGCUGUCAUUUAAAAUUCCAAUUUAUCAAAAGUACGUAAAUAUUUUUUCAAUGAAAUACUUUACAGUAAAAAUGCAAAAAAUCACCAUGAAAACAGGCAUACUUAUCAGCAAUAAAUGUUAUGUUUGAAC